AUGCGACCACAGAUCCCCUACCCACCAAUGAGUAGACCAUACAUGCCAAAUUACCCCACAGCACAAGAACAGUACUCUCCGAAUCAUACUUCCAUGCGACCAUACAGCGAGCAGAGUCCGAUCGCAAACGGCGAAGGAUAUACUUACGGCUCCGAAAACGUCCUGAAAAGAAAUCACGAUGGUUCGGUUCGACGAUCGCCUCAUAGUCCACCCAAUGUGACAGUAGCGCCUAAUAAUAUGACUCCUCAGAUGUAUCCUGGUUCCGCCCUGCUUCAGUCCCUCGACAACCCAGGCCAGCCCGAGGAACAGCUACCAAGCGAAUACGACAACCCUGGAAAACGACAAAGAAUAAGCGAGGACAAGAGUGAAUCAUCCACAGGAAUUUCUAACGAUGAAGGUUACUCCAAUGAGGCUGAAGAAGAGUAUAGACAACCUCACAACGGAACCUCUGAAGAACCCCACGAAUAUUCCCAAGGGCAACCUCGCUACUCCCCGUCAAUUGGCCAUUACCCUGAGGCCCCCACUGCUUACUCCGUCCCAUCUCACCUCGCCCCAUCUCAAAAUGCUCACUAUUCAUCGUAUUAUCAGCAACAGGGUCAAUAUUACCAGCAAAAUAACACUGACCUUAUGCAACCACACGCGUAUUGA